AUGCUCACACUGCUGUGGAGAAGCUUACGGCAUUCCUGGAAGCGGUGCUGCGCCGUGCUGUGGUCCCAAUCCCACGCAGAACACACGCGCGAUGAUCCUCCCGUCCGCAACCAGACUGAUGGAACCCAGGGGCUUGAACGAUCUGGCUCUCUGGUAGCGAGAAGCAAUGACCACAUCGACUCUCGAACGCACGCGCAUCAUUCCGCCCUCACGGAGACGAUGUAUCCCACAUACAAAACACAGUCGGUAGCAUCUUCGCAGCAAGACGUUUUGGAUGCGCCGAUACAGGGUCGCAACGGCGAGUCUGUUGCGGAGUGUCAAGCGAACUGA